GAUAGACAAGCUUCGUAGUUUCACGUCUCUGAUCCAAAGGAAGUCGGAGGUGAAACCUAUUGUAGAGAUGCAUCCGGUAUGUGUCACUGCAUGGUGUUUGAUACUCGGUUGUGGCCGAAACACAUACAAAAGACAUAAUGAUGACCUCAACGAAGGAGUCGUCGAUGCAGGUCAUGCUAACGAGGGACGUCCUCGGACAACAACGCAGUAUGCGUUGACAUGGUCUGCGUUUGAGGAUAUUAUCCUCGACGAGUCUGAUCCUAUGCCGGAUCAGACAGAGACGGGUCCGGAUUUCGAGAUUAGGAACCGUAUUCGUCUCCCUUCGGUGUAUGGUAGUAAGAAAGACGUCUAUAAUAGCAUCGAACGCAGGUUAGGCAAACUGGGUGCGUCUUGCACGUUGUAUCAGGUGUUCUGUAAGAUAUGGAGAGACUAUUUUUGGCACGUUAGGCUGGCUCGAACGACUGACCACGCGAGGUGCAACGUGUGCAUAAAAAACGCUAUCCUCAUUGAAGGAGCACUGUCGGGGCCACGGCGGGAACUGGUUGCAGCGCAAAGGAGCCACCUCGAUCUGCAAAAGGCCCAUCGCAAGCAGUAUGACCGAUGGUCAGCAGAGUCCGAGCUGCAUAAGGACCAAAGUUUGUGCAUCAUUAUAGAUGGAAUGGAUCAGGCAAAGACUACCAUUCMCCAUGCAUCGCGCCGACGUUUGUCUAAGGAGAUGGCUAAUAAUACGAUGAUGAAAACGAACCUCACCGGUAUCAUAGCUCACGGUAGGAAUCCGUCGUUGAUUGUGCAYACCUGGUUUCCUUAUCUUUCUCACGGGUCGAAUUCAGUAGUUACGUCCAUUGCCAAAGUUUUGAGGGACGUGCAAGCGCGAGAAGGCAAACUCCCGCCGUUGCUUCGUGUCCAAGCUGAUAACUGCGGCGGACAGAACAAAAACAGAUUCGUCUUCGCAUUUHUUGCAUUGUUGGUGAAGUUUAAGAUUUUCAAGGAGAUUCUGAUGGGGUUCAUGAUAGUUGGUCAUACCCACACCGACAUCGACGCGAAGUUUAGUUUGUUUGCUCGCAAACUGAACGGCUCCGACGCGUACACGAUGGAAAAAUUGUUUGCGGUGUUGCAACAGUCAUGUGAGGAGCAAGUGGAGUGCACCCAACUAACGGAAAUGGUGGACUGGAAAACCGCGAUCUCGCCGUACCUUGACAACUUGAUUUCAGGUCAUGCCACACCCCACCUUUUCCGUUUCUACAUGGAGGAUGAUAAUCUGGCUAUGCUCUACAAAGCGCACUGCACCGACAAGAACUGGGGGCCUGAGAAGGGACCGGUAUACUGGUUCAAACGGAGUGCAGACAAGAAAUGGGCAGGCCCCGAAUGGGGGUUCGAGCCGUGCCGCGAGUCGCCCAACCCCGCUUCCGGCGACUUUACAAAUGGCAAAGCGGAAUUGCGCGUUUUAGUUAAAACGUGGAAGGACGCAAUGAACGAAUGGGAAACACAAACAAUAGAGGAGCGACAACUCAAAACUAGCAGGCUGAGAUAUUGGACGGAGUGUUUGACCGAGUUCGACAACAUUGAGGUGGAAGAGACCACAACAGUGUCGUUGUCAUACUCUUUUUGGCCAAAGCCCAUGCCGAGCGAUCCAAGUUCCGAGCAUUCGGUCUCGUGCAUUCUGCCACAACCGUUUCGGAAACCGUGCUUUGUGGGCCAUAGGAAGGAUGAACCCAAACCGGAAUUCGACCCUUACAAAGCUGUUGAGCUUGAUGAUUUCGUUGUUCUGCGCUCUCCGGACGACCACGUGCAAGAAGGGUGCAUCUUUUGGGUUGCUCGUGUCAUCAAGAAGGAGACAACCCGGAUUUUCGUGGAGUACUGGAGGCCAUGCGGUCGCGAACAAAAGCUAUCUAAGCUGUACGAAGACGCAUGGAAUAAAACGUGGAGAGUGAAAACUGAAUCAGAACCCGGAUGGCAAGACCUCAGAAGCGUGGCGUAGGCAUGGACCAGCGGGAUUCGAUCUAGAACGGGAAUGAAUGGAGCGAUAGUAA